AGCACCUGUCCUAGCGGAAGCGGGCGGGCCGGCAGGUCGGUGGCGGUGAGCGCCGUUACUCUCGGGCCGCCAUGCUGCUGCGGCUGCUCCUGCUGCUCUUAGCGCUCUGCGCCGCCGCCCGGGCCGAAGCUGAGGAGCAGAAGACAGACCAAAGAGAGUCCAGCAAAAUGUCGGCAGACACUGGGAGAUCCCUCCAGCUUGGAGCACGUAAUGGCCUGGAAACCCAGGGGGAUGAGCACCUGGAUGAGUCCAGAAGGAACAGAGAGCCGCGCUCUGGAUCAGAUCCACCCAGCGAGGGAAACUCCAAAACGAACACAAAUAACAGAGAGACGACGGAUAAGGAGCAGAAAGACACGGAGAAGUCUGCCCGCAAUAGCAGCCCGGAGAAGCAGACCGAUGGCCAAGGCAGCAACGCAAUAACCACCAACAAACAAGGCAGCAGCACUGGUAGCCAGGCCAACAGCCAGCCUAGCAACCCCAGUAACGGGGCUGGCAACAACCAAGAGCAGGGCAACAACCAGGAGCAGGGCAAUAACCCAGGCAGCAAUGGUGGGAAGCAGGGCAACGACCAGGACAGCAACAAGAAGAAUGACGACAACAACCGGGACAGCAGCAACAAGAACCAGGCUGACAACCGGGACAGCAGCAACAAGAACCAGGGUGACAACCAGGACAGCAAUAACAAGGACCAGGGUGACAACCAGGACAGCAAUAACAAGGACCAGGGUAAAAACCAGGACAGCAGCAACAAGAAUGGGGAGAACAACGGGGACAGCAACAAGAAGAAUGGGGAGAACAACAGGGACAGCAACAACCAGAACAGAGACAACAAUGGGGACAGCAGCGACAAGAACCAGGGUGACAACCAGGACGGCGAUAACAAGGACCAGGGCGACAACCGGGACAGCAACAACCAGAACAAGGACAACAAUGAGAAUGAAGGCAACAACCGGGACAGCAGCAAGAAGAACGAGGACAGCAGCAACAAGAACGAGGGCAACAACCGGGACAGCAGCAACAAGAACGAGGACAACAACCGGGACAGCAGCAACAAGAACGAGGACAACAACCGGGACAGCAGCAACAAGAACGAGGACAACAACGGGGACAGCAGCAACAAGAACCAGGGCAACAACCGGGACAGCAAUAAUAAGGACCCGGAUGACAACCGGAACAGCAACAACCAGGACCAGGGCAGUGACACAAACCAGACCAACAACCAGGACAGCAAAACUGGGAACCAGGAAAGCAACAUCGAGAACCAGAACAACAACGAGAACCAGAACAACAACAAGAACCAGGGCAGCAAUGGCAAUAACCAGGUUGACAACCGGCCUAAUCAAGUGGGCUCAAUGAGAGAUAAAAAUGGAUUAUUACAGUCAACUUCCUCCGCUACUGAGGGAAACAGCUUUUCAGACAAUGAAGAACGCACCAGACAGGAAGAGGAUGAGGCUAAAAAACGCAGCGAUGCCUCCUCCUUUAAUAAGGAGAGAGAGAAGAGCGUUCCUUCUCCCCCCAGGGACCAGUCGGAGAGCAGCCACUUCUUCGCCUACCUGGUGACCACGGCUAUUAUUGUUGCUGCCUUAUACAUCGCAUAUCACAACAAACGCAAGAUCAUUGCUUUUGCUCUGGAAGGGAAAAGGUCGAAAAGUGGUCGACGGCCCAAAUCUGGCGAUUAUCAGAGACUGGAUCAAAAGAUCUAGAUUCCUCCUCGGAUAUUCAGCAGAAUAAUGACAGCUGGCAAUGAAAAUGCAGGAACACUGGGACACCCACCGACUCCCCUGCUGUAACGCUCUUGAGUUGUAGUUGUGCUGCCGUGUUCAGAUUUCAGACAACAGGAAGAAGAGGAAAUGGUUUUAGUUUUGCACCUGCACCUUGGUAACGUUAAACCUCUCACUUCCUCGAAACAUGUUUCUCCUUUCCCAGCUGCCUGAAGAUGAACUCGUUUUCUGCUUGGGCAUCUGGCUUCUAGCCUGUGACCCAGGAAAAAACAGUCCCCAGCACUUGACAGAACUUUUGUGUCCAAAUGAAAUGGAAUUCGCCAUCUACUGUACUGACGUCACCUCUUGGGAGGGGAAAAAAAAAAUCUGCCUGCGAAAUGAGCCAUGUGACUCUUCCCCUUCCAGAGUCAUAGAGCUGCCUUUGUAACCAGCACAGUCUUGCUUGAGACACAGACGUUCUCCUCUUCUGUCCAUUGUAUUUGGAUGCUAAAGUUCGGAGCGUGACUGAUUGCACUAGUUUGGAAAUGAUCUGCCAAGGACUCUGAUUUGAUUUGAUUUUUUUUCUCUCUGUGAUGAAGACAAUGUUAGAGUUUAUCAUCUAGAUUCUCUCUUUCAUGCACAUCUUUGGAAAUGCUGGAGUAGUCUUUGGCCCUUGGGUUGUAGCUUAAAUUUCCUCGCCCACGUCUUAUGCUCCAAGCGGGUCUUUUCCCUCACAAUCCCCAGAGUUCAGAUGUUUGCACUAAAGGUGACAGUUGCAGUUUGAUGCUGUGAAGGAGGGCAGGUUAGGCUUAGAAAGCUUCGUGCCAAAUUGCCGCAGUGUAGUUGUAGCAGACUUUGCCUUGGAAGAUUGCUUUCCUCCCCCUUGUAAAAUGUAGUUAUGUGGUAAUGUAAAAUGUACGGUAAACCUGAAGGGUUUGUGAUGAAUGAAACUUGCAGUCCUUCAAACCUCUUCCUCAAAAACGCAGUACUGAGGCCCUGGAGUAUUCCGCUCCACGGAAUAGAGCCUCCAUUGGUUGUAGAGCUCGCCACGACUGAGCGCUCAGCGUUGGCUCUUGCUGGAGAAGUGCUGCUUUCUUGCCCAGUUGAGAGGCAAGGGGGCUGCUCGUCCCCUGGGUUGCACAAGCCUUGGCAGCGCUGCGCCUGCCGAGCGCCUCUCGCCUUGGGAAACCGUUGUAGCCCACGGUGCGGGCGCCGUCUUUUUCUGCCUGUGAGUCACCACGGGGCGUCUUCUCCCCGAGGUCACCUCCUGAGCAGGUGACUGACAUAUGAAAGGGCUUAUUGUAUCGCCGGCACAACCUCUUCCUGCUCUUCCAUGGCUCUGCCGGCCCCGGCUUUGAGAAGUUUUGUGUGGUUGAAUGUACACGUUACCGGCUGCUUGUCGCUGAGCUGGUCGCUUCGAUAUUACUGUGAAGCACUUAAACUAGGGCCUGGGACGUACUGGUUAUAUUUAAGGCUGCAAAAUGUGUUGAUUCACAAGUUAUGGCUGUGAGGUUGUUUUUAUUUUUGUAGUUCUACUCCAAAGAUGUUUGUUUGAGAUGGGACGUUUCUCAAGAGGGCAUGAAGUGCCUGCCUGGCUCAUGCUUUUGUUUUUUCCAAUAUGGGCAAAAAAAAAUUGGUACGAGGCAUCUAGAGCUCUUCACACGGGUACCCGUCUUACGCCCAAAGCUCGUGCCAGCCGUACGUGAGUCGCCCUGUCCGUGCACUUGCCGACUGACUGCACAGGAAGAAUCCCGGUGGGGUUAACUUCCCUCCAGCUGGCUGCGAAAGCGACUCGGGGGAUGAGGCCGGCCUUUUUCCGGCCUUCCCGAGGUUGUGAACAAUUGGUAAUCUGCCCUGUGGUUGCUAAAGAUAGUCACGUUUGACAAGGGCAAAGACAUUUCCUUGUCUGGACAUGAAAGCUACAGCUGUAUUUUUCUUUUCCUAGCGGUUCAUUCCCCACGUAAGAGGGGAGAAGGGGCUUGACCCUCUCCUAAAAGAAAAAUUCUCUUUCUUUUUUUUCUUUUUGCUGGCUGUUAGCAAGCACAAAGAGUGGGAGAAAGUCCCUCUUGGCUUUAAAUAGCUUUCAAGGUUUCCGUAGUAAACUUUUCUGAUGCUAAAAGUACUUGCAGAAGCUAUUUUGGAGAACAGGAGUGUGAGGUGGAGGGAAGAAAAAGGAAAACAAGUCUGGGAACAUAACCCUUGGGGGAAAUGUGCCUUCUGAAAAGGGUGGGAACUCCUGCAACAAGACUCUACUGUUUCAGAGAUCCCAUAGGAUAAGUCUGAGGCUCACUGUUGUGUGGUUGAUUUAUGGACAGGAUGUGGGGUGGGAGGGGGUGCCUUUUGUCUAACGACAGUGGGGGAAAAAAAACAUUCCAACAUGUGAAAUACCAUAUGCUUCUGAGCUGCUCAUUCCUGAAUUUUUAGAGUGUGCGCGCUGUUUUCCUGCUUUGUCCUAUUUUUUUAGUUGAAAAAUAAUUUACAAAGGGUUUUUUUACCAUCUGCUUGCUUUUCUAUCCCGUAAGCUUUUUCAAAUGCCUUUCAGUCCUCUGUCGUUCCAAGUUGUGUUGGAAAUCCCACCCCCGUUAGCAGCAGUUAGCUAUUAACGGCAAGCCGAAGGGAGUGAGUUCUUUGGAGAGCAGGACCGUCAUACCUCAAACAUCAGGCUGGACUGAGCAUGAGCUCAUUCAUCAGGUUAACGAGGACGUACGUCAGGUCUCCGUGGGAGCUGUUGGUUUGCUCGGUGCCUGGUGUGGCUUUGGCAAAACAGAAAUGCCCGGUGCCUGAGAAGUGCAGGGUUUGGGGAGAGGCAGAGCUCACACCAGGCUAAAUCAAGGGGACUCCCCCCUAAAUCUCCUCCUGCCCAGCAGUUCCCGAGGGCGGCGUGUUUCUGGCAACAGUUGCUGUAAUUGUCCAAGCUGUGUGAAACCUCUGGGAAUGACUCCCAGUUUGUUGAUUUUUAUGGUAUUUAAAUUUAUGCAAUGUGUUUCAAAUGGGUCAAGGUGCAUGUAACCUUUUCCCUUUGGACAAAACAUGUUUUUUGAACGGAUGGUAUCUGUCAGUACAUAGGUUUUUUUGCCAAAUGUUACUACUUUUAGGCCAGCUGCCUUGCCGGUUUGAUUCAGCAAAUGGUUUUUUUUCUGCUGCAGUGAAAUGCAACUUGCUUUGAAGGAUCAGAAUUUUUAUAUUUCUUUGUACUUUUUUUUCUGUGUGGUGAAAUCAAUAAAUGGAUUUAAAAAUAAAA